GAGCCAAAGUAGGAGGAGGAGUCGCAGAUCCGCCACCGGAGGACCACUGCUCACCAGGGCUACGGAGGAGCCACUGGCCCCACGCCUGCUUCCCCGCAUCCCCGACCGCCAGCAUGAUCGCUGCGCAGCUCCUGGCCUAUUACUUCACCGAGCUAAAGGAUGACCAAGUCAAAAAGAUUGAUAAGUAUCUGUAUGCCAUGCGGCUCUCAGAUGAAAUUCUGAUAGAUAUCCUGACACGCUUCAAGAAAGAAAUGAAGAAUGGCCUUUCCCGGGAUUAUAAUCCAACAGCCUCGGUCAAGAUGUUGCCGACCUUUGUAAGGUCCAUCCCUGAUGGUUCAGAGAAGGGGGAUUUCAUCGCCCUGGAUCUUGGCGGGUCUUCCUUUCGAAUCCUACGGGUGCAGGUGAAUCACGAGAGGAACCAGAAUGUCCACAUGGAGUCUGAGGCCUACGAAACCCCAGAGAAUAUCGUGCAUGGCAGUGGAAGCCAGCUCUUCGAUCAUGUCGCUGAGUGCCUGGGGGACUUCAUGGAGAAAAGGAAGAUCAAGGACAAGAAAUUACCUGUGGGAUUCACGUUUUCUUUCCCCUGCCGACAAUCCAAAAUAGACGAGGCUGUCCUGAUCACGUGGACAAAGAAGUUCAAAGCCAGUGGCGUGGAAGGAACAGAUGUGGUCAAGCUGCUGAAUAAAGCCAUUAAGAAGCGAGGGGACUAUGACGCCAACAUUGUGGCUGUGGUGAAUGACACAGUGGGGACCAUGAUGACCUGCGGCUACGAUGACCAACAGUGUGAAGUUGGCCUGAUCAUUGGCACUGGCUCCAACGCGUGCUACAUGGAGGAGCUGCGACACAUUGACCUGGUGGAGGGGGACGAGGGAAGGAUGUGCAUCAACACCGAGUGGGGGGCCUUCGGGGACGACGGGUCCCUGGAAGACAUCCGAACCGAGUUUGACAGAGAGCUGGACCGGGGAUCCCUCAACCCUGGGAAGCAGUUGUUCGAGAAGAUGGUCAGUGGCUUGUACAUGGGGGAGCUGGUCCGGCUGAUCCUGGUGAAGAUGGCCAAGGAAGGCCUCUUAUUUGAAGGGCGCAUCACUCCAGAACUGCUCACGAGGGGCAAGUUCAACACUAGUGACGUGUCAGCCAUUGAAAAGAAUAAGGAAGGCAUUCAAAAUGCCAAGGAAAUCUUAACCCGCUUGGGAGUGGAGCCGUCUGACGAUGACUGUGUUUCGGUCCAGCACGUAUGCACCAUCGUCUCCUUUCGUUCCGCCAACCUAGUGGCUGCCACACUCGGGGCCAUCUUGAACCGCCUGCGUGACAACAAGGGUACGGCCAGGCUUCGGACCACGGUCGGUGUGGAUGGUUCUCUCUACAAGACGCAUCCACAGUAUUCCCGGCGCUUCCACAAGACCCUGAGGCGCCUGGUGCCCGACUGCGAUGUGCGUUUCCUCCUCUCUGAGAGCGGCAGUGGCAAGGGGGCUGCCAUGGUGACCGCAGUGGCCUACCGCCUGGCCGAGCAGCACCGGCAGAUCGAGGAGACCCUGGCCCACUUCCGCCUCAGCAAGCAGACGCUGAUGGAGGUGAAGAAGAGGAUGCGGGCUGAGAUGGAAAUGGGGCUGAGGAAGGAGACGAACCCCAGGGCUACCGUCAAGAUGCUGCCUUCUUUUGUCCGGAGCAUCCCAGACGGGUCUGAGAAUGGCGACUUCUUGGCCUUGGAUCUUGGAGGAACAAAUUUCCGCGUCCUGCUGGUGAAGAUCCGUAGUGGGAAAAAGAGAACGGUGGAAAUGCAUAACAAGAUCUACUCCAUCCCCGUGGAAGUCAUGCAGGGCACUGGGGAAGAGCUCUUCGACCACAUCGUCUCCUGCAUCUCCGACUUCCUGGACUACAUGGGGAUCAAAGGCCCCCGGAUGCCUCUGGGCUUCACCUUCUCAUUCCCCUGCAACCAGACAAGCCUGGAUUGUGGAAUCUUGAUCACUUGGACGAAGGGUUUCAAGGCCACUGACUGCGUGGGCCAUGAUGUAGUCACUUUACUGAAGGAUGCAGUAAAAAGGAGAGAGGAAUUUGACCUGGAUGUGGUGGCUAUUGUCAACGACACUGUGGGCACCAUGAUGACCUGUGCAUAUGAGGAGCCCACUUGUGAAGUUGGACUCAUCGUAGGGACCGGCAGCAAUGCCUGCUACAUGGAGGAGAUGAGGAACAUCGAGCUGGUGGAGGGGAACCAGGGGCAGAUGUGCAUCAACAUGGAGUGGGGUGCCUUUGGCGACAAUGGGUGUCUGGAUGACAUCAGGACAGACUAUGACCGAGUGGUGGACGAAUAUUCCCUAAACUCCGGGAAACAAAGGUUUGAAAAGAUGAUCAGUGGGAUGUACCUGGGUGAGAUCGUCCGUAACAUCCUGAUCGACUUCACCAAGAAAGGCUUCCUCUUCCGGGGACAAAUCUCUGAGCCACUCAAGACGAGAGGCAUCUUUGAGACCAAGUUUCUCUCUCAGAUUGAGAGUGACCGGUUAGCGCUGCUCCAGGUCCGGGCCAUCCUUCAGCAACUGGGUCUGAACAGCACGUGUGACGACAGUAUCUUGGUCAAGACCGUGUGUGGGGUGGUGUCCAAGAGGGCCGCUCAGCUCUGUGGUGCUGGCAUGGCGGCCGUGGUGGAGAAGAUUAGAGAGAACAGAGGACUAGACCAUCUAAAUGUGACGGUGGGAGUGGACGGGACGCUCUACAAACUUCAUCCACACUUCUCCAGAGUCAUGCACCAAACCGUGAAGGAGCUGUCACCAAAGUGUACCGUGUCCUUCCUCCUGUCCGAAGACGGCAGCGGCAAAGGGGCCGCCCUUAUCACAGCUGUGGGCGUGCGGCUCAGAGGAGACACUAUGAACGCCUAAAAGAGCCAGGGUUCCUCCCAGCCCCCAGCCCGCCACCCCUUCCAGCACUCCCCUCUAGAACCGAUGACCCGCACUCCACCCAGCAAGCCUCGCUGGGAGAACCCAGCACCGGAGCCCACGACGACCAUGACGACGACGACGCAGCAGAGGGAGGAAGGGGGCCGCAGGAACAGAGCGUAACGUAAGACUACCAACACCGGAGUGCGUGCCGUUGAUGAUGUCUCGCCCGGACCCCCUCAACCCCCCACCCCGCCACUCUGCAUGAUUCAAGUUCGACCUGGCCCAUGCUUUUUUGCCCAUGCGGUGAACGUAGCGGCAACCAAGUCAACGGCAGACGUCCAGCCGGGAAAGAGUCUCCCUCUCUUGGACCCACCUUCUGGGCCUUCCAAGGCCCAUCCUUGGAGUCACCUCUUCCCCCUCCCCCCCGUGUGAAGUGUUUUAUCACCAGCA